UUGAAAACAUAUUUAUUUGAACACUGCACAGAAGUAGUAACCUACAUUCCCGCUGCGCCUGAAAUUAGGGAUGAAAAUUUAAAACCCAAGACUGUGGUAUUGAUGCACGUGUGGUAAAGUUUUAGCAAAAAAUGUUCCAUAGCAGUACACACAAGAAACACUGGAUAUUCUCAAGUUUGGAAGAACUCGACCAACUAAGAGAGAAAUGCAUUCACAAUUACGCGACAAAAAACGCAAUUCCUGCAACCAAUGUAGUCACCGUGGACGAGCAUAAAGUUCUAUGCAAAUAUUAUGAAAAAGUAUUGUUUCAUUUAUGUCUGCAGUUUCAACCAUCCUUGCCAUAUUCCGUUAUGUUUACUGCCUUCGUGUACUUCAAGAGAAUCUACUUACAGACCACAGUAAUGGAGAGCUUGGCUGAGGAUAUGAUCUCAGUAUGUCUUUACAUGGCAUGCAAGGUUGAAGAAUAUAAUGUAUCUGUUGAUAAAUUCAUUAUGAUCUAUCCUGAGGUUGACAGAGAGCGAACAGCCAACAUCAUUUUGGGUAACGAGAUGGGGCUAAUGAGAUUGCUUAAUUAUCAAUUAAUUGUUCAUAGCCCCAAACGAGCAUUGGAAGGCUUCUUUAUUGAUAUCAAGACACGCUUCAAACAGCAAGAGAAUUUUGAAAAAUGCAGAGAGAUUUCAAAUGAAUUUCUUAAUGCAGUCUUGUUUUCAGAUGUGGUGUUCUUGUAUACACCCUCUCAGAUUGCGCUCGCUGCUUUGUUUGCGGCAUCUAAAGAAAUUGUCCGUAGUUACAUCACCUCCGUCCUAGCACCUGCAACACAGGGUCAAAAUCUGUUUGAAAAAGUUGAAACAAUAGUUAAACUUAUAAACACAAAGAUAGUUUGUGAAGAUACCCAUGUUGAACAAAUCAAAGCAAAGUUGAGUAAACUACCUGUCCCAGACAAAAACAAAACUAAAAAAAGGAAAAUCGAUAAUGGAGACAAUGAAGGACACAUUAAACGUCAAAAAUCGUCUGAUAGUAUAGAUGAUACUUUAACAAUAGACAUUGAAAAUGAAUAAUUGCUGUGUUGUUGGACUUAAAAAGUUAGUUUCUUCAGUUCUUUUGAGAAUGUUAAAAAAUAUUGUCAAAUAAAGUUUGUACUGAGAGUUAAUAUAAGGUCUCUAUUGGUCUCUAUCAGUUUACAUACAGAGAACAAUUUUUACUGAAUUUUCACCUAUUGCAGUAAUUAUAGCUCCAGUUAUUUAUUGAGUUCA